GGUGGGGGGAAUGCUGGACCAAGAUGUGGGCGCAGCUGGCACAGCCCCUGGGGAAAACCAAGAGAAAGCACUCUAGUUUUUGAGGUGCCAAGUCUCGAGAGGGAAAGAACCCCAAACUCGGGGCGUCUUCUGGUUGCUGGCUGUUGAGAACUUAGGCUGGGGAGGGGGAUAGGCUUGCCCAUACCCCAGGAGGGGGCACGCCCUGGGCGGAGCAUAGAGAAGGGAGGUGGGCGGAGAGUGCUUAGCCGUUCCCCUUCUUCCCUGGCCUAGCUCCUUGUCAUUCGGGAGGGUUGGGAAGCUGGGACGGUGUAAGAGAGGUGGGAGGAGAGGGGCGUGUGCCAAUGCUGGCGCGCUUUUGGGAAGAGGUAUAGAUAGGUCUCGCCCAUUCCCAACUUUUCGGUGAGGGCUUGGGGCAAGACGCGGUCUAGGUUCGGGACUGGGGAGGAGCACCAUGGCCGCGCUCAUCUCGCUACCCCUGCUGCUGCUGCUGCCGCUACUCGUGCUGAAGCUGCUCCGGUGGUCCCGGCUCCGCUGGCUCCUGGCAGAUUUGGCCUUUACUGUGCGCGCCCUGCGAUGCAAGCGGGCCCUGCAAGCCAGAGUAGCCGCCGCCGCUGCCGCGGACCCGGGGGGGCCCGAGGGCGGCUGCAGCCUGGCCUGGCGCCUCUCGCAGCUGGUCCGGGAGUGUCCCGGGCGCACCUUCCUCAUUCACCAGGGCAGGCACUACAGUUACGCGCAGGCGGAGCACGAGAGUAACCGAGUGGCGCGAGCCUUUUUGCGCGUGAGGGGCUGGAAACAGGACCCUAACCUGGAUGGGGGGGCCGCUGAGAAAGGCGCAAAGUACGCAAGUGGCGCAGGGGCCACGGUAAGAAGCGAAGCUGAGCCUGCAUCCAGCAAAGGCAAAGAAGCUGCCCGCGAAGGAGGGGAAUUCGCCCCCCUGGAAUCUGGCUCGGUGGUGGCCUUGCUCCUCCCCGCCACCCCAGAGUUCUUGUGGCUCUGGUUCGGGCUCGCCAAAGCCGGGCUGCAGGCUGCCUUUGUGCCCACCGCCCUGCGUCGGGGGCCUCUACUGCACUGUCUUCGGAGUUGCGGCGCUCGCGCCCUAGUUGUGGCGCCAGAGUUCCUGGAGUCCCUACAGCCCGACCUGCCAGAUCUCAGGGAUUUGAAGCUAAAAUUAUGGGCUGCGGGCCCCGGGCCUCACCCUGAGGGCUUCAGCGAUCUUCUGGCCGAGGCCGCUGCCCAGGGGGGAGGGCCGCUGCCCGGGUACUUGUCAGCUCCCAAAAGCGUUCUGGACACCUGCCUGUACAUCUUCACCUCCGGAACCACCGGGCUCCCCAAGGCUGCUCGCAUCAGUCACAUGAAGGUGCUGCAGUGCCAGGGCUUCUACCAGCUCUGUGAUGUCCACCCAGACGAUGUGAUCUACCUCACCCUCCCGCUCUACCACAUGUCGGGCUCUCUGCUGGGCAUCGUGGGCUGCCUGGGCAUCGGGGCCACCGUGGUGCUGAAGACCAAGUUCUCUGCCAGCCAGUUCUGGGAAGACUGUCGGGAGCACAGAGUGACAGUGUUCCAGUACAUUGGAGAAUUGUGUCGCUACCUCGUCAACCAGCCACCAAGUGAAGGGGAUCGUAACCACGGGGUGCGUCUGGCCGUGGGCAGCGGGCUGCGACCAGACAUCUGGACCCGGUUCCUACAACGAUUUGGGCCCCUGCGGAUACUCGAGACGUAUGGCCUCACAGAGGGCAAUGUGGCCACGUUCAAUUACAUUGGAUACCCGGGUGCCGUGGGGAGGGUAUCCUGGCUCUACAAGCUAUUUUCACCCUUCUCCUUGAUUCGGUAUGACGUGGCUGCAGGGGAGCCGGUUCGGGAUGCCCGGGGACUCUGUGUCCCUGUGCCUACUGGGGAAGCAGGGCUGAUGGUGGCUCCGGUGAACCAGGGAGCACCAUUUCUGGGAUACGCAGGGAGCCCCGAGCUGGCCCGGGGGAAGCUGCUGCACAAUGUCUUCCGUCCCGGGGAUGUUUUCUUCAACACUGGGGAUUUACUGGUCUGUGAUGCCCAGGGCUUCCUACACUUCCACGACCGCACCGGGGACACUUUCAGGUGGAAGGGGGAAAAUGUGGCCACGACCGAAGUGGCUAAGGUUCUGGGAGUGCUGGACAUGCUGCAGGAUGUGAAUGUCUAUGGAGUCACCGUCCCAGGGCAUGAAGGAAGAGCGGGCAUGGCAGCUGUGGUUCUGCGCCCCCAUCACACCCUGGACCUCGCCAGGUUCUAUGCCCACGUAGCUGAGAUUCUGCCCCCCUACGCUCAGCCUCGAUUCCUGCGGAUCCAGGAGUCUUUGGACACCACAGAGACCUUUAAACAGCAGAAGGUUCGUCUGGCAAAGGAAGGCUUCAACCCAAGCACUGUUCAUGUGCCUCUCUUUGUACUGGACCAGGCAGCAGGUGCCUAUGUCGCUCUCACACCUGCCUGGUAUGACGCCCUCUUGGCUGGAGAAAUCCGGAUCUGAAUGCCCCACCAGAUAGGCAGGCCUGCAGAGGGAAGUGGAGGAGGGAGAGGAGGGAAUGGGAAGGGAGAUAGGGCCUUGGGCUUUGUUUGGGGUUUUUUUACACUGGGUUUUUAAUCAGUAUUUUGUAAUAAAUGGAGUUGAGAAUCAA